AUUUACUAGAUACCGAUCAAUUCAGCAUCUGCCCCUACGUCUACGAGCACCAUUCCCCGCCUGCCGCCGCUGCCGAUUACGUCCAGGACCGCCUACUCCUACGCGAAUGCAUGAGUGCGAUAUCAUACCUCGCGCGCGCCAUCAGUAAUUCCUGGGCGCAUCGCCCAAGCCCCCCAUGACACCGCUGCAAGAUGCCACUCCCAAACCCCCGAAGUAUCCCGCAGACCUCGAGGCGUCAAUGAUACUCCCUAAACAACGCGCAUCGCCUGCUUCCUCCCUCGGAUCUCUACCUUAUCGGACUUCGAAUCCCUCGCUGCACAAGCUCUUUGAGUCAACUACCCUCCCCGCCUCAGGUUCGCGACCCAGCUCUGGCACUGCUACCCCCACUGCGUCCGCAAUACCUGGCUCUGUCUUCUCUCCUGGAUCACGACAAAAUGGUGCUGGAACUCCCGGAGGUAUGGCAUCAGGUGUAUCAGACGAGCACCGAAGGCUUAUACAACAAGCGUUUGCACCCCAUGUGGCUGUGCUGGCAGAUAUGCAGACCGAGGAGAUGAUUCGAGGGAAAGGGUUAACGGAAGGGCUCCUGCAGCUUCUACGGCCAUUCGGGGAGUCAGUACCAGGGAAGGUUACAAUAAGAGACAGUAUUGGAAAGAGUGAGAGUUUUGAGGACUUCGGCAUACGUUUCGUCAAUCCGCAUCACAGCCUCGGGGUUCCGCAAGUCCCUGUGCCCGGCCAAGGGUUACAUAUAGACACAACGAAUGGACAGAGAGAUGCUAUACGGUCGUCAUCAAGUUCAACAAGGCAGCGCAGUGUUGGAGGCGAUGUUGCACAGAUAGAGGAAUUGGUCGACCGUCACCUGCAGUACUCCGAGUACAACUCUCAUGGCAUGGUCCCUGAUUACCUCCAUCAAGGAGAUCUCGCUGCUCAGUCCGAGGGAUCUUCAUCGCCAUUUUACACACUCUAUCUGCGACGAUUAUUAUCUGGACUGCCAAUGGUUCCACAUGAGACCUUUGCUCACCCCGUUGCGAGCAUCAUUGCAGUCAGUUCUCAGAAUCCCAAUCCUACCGAAGAGUUUAGAAGGCUCUAUGCAAGGCAGCGGGAAGGCGAUCUUCGGUUGCCGCAGUGGGUGGAAAAUGAUUAUCUCCGCUAUUAUGUCUUGGUGCAUGAAGAAGAGACUGGGGAUAUCGCCAAGUCGAACCAGCAGUUCGAUUUAAUGAAGCGCCAUUUUGGGCUGAAUUGCCAUCUUCUCAGAUUGAAGAGCCAACAGUGCAUAGCUUCUGAUGAUGACGCGGUUCGUCUGCCUACUUGUGAAUGGAUGUCUGCCUCGGAAGAGCUGGCAGAGAUCCAGAAGCGAGAAGCUACGGAUGAUAUCACAGACCCCACGCCUUAUAUUCCAGACUCCGAUGUGACUGCUAUUCGAACAUUUAUUCGCGAGCUUGUUGCACAAUCACUCGUACCCCAAAUGGAGCGCCAAGUCUCUCAGUGGAACGAACAAGUCCUUGCAAGAAGGCGAGGAAUAUCUGGCCGCUUCAUGUCUCUUUCAAAGCGUUGGACGGGCUUUGGUUCAAGCCGUAGCAGCUCGUCGCCCGCACUAUCGAAUUCAAACUACGAUAGUUUGCAGGGAUUCUAUCGACCAGACUCCCCCGAAGCUUUGAUGAGAAAGCUCGCGGAUUACUCCUUCAUGCUCCGUGACUGGAAAUUGGCCUUGUCAACAUAUGACGUUCUGCGAACAGACUUCAACAACGACAAGGCCUGGCGACAUUACGCUGGUGCCGCAGAAAUGGCCGCCAUAUCGGCACUCAUGUCCACUGCUCCCCUUACAUCAAAGACAAGAACAGAAAAUGUAGACACAUGGCUCGAAGCUGCAUCAUAUAGCUAUACUGAUCGCCAACGGAGCUCUGCCCCUUAUUAUGCUCUCCGAACGCUCGCCCUGGGCCUCGAACUCCUUCGCCUACGCACUGGUUCGGCACUGGACGACGCUGCACGAUGGGCUUCUCGCAUCAUCGAAACCGGACUGGUUGGCACGAUCGGAAGUGCCUUAUUCACGGAGAGGGUCUCUGUCUGUCACGCUGCGCGGCCCGGUAUUGGCCAUUUCAAACUUGGCUCACGACACCGCAAGGCCGCUCUAUGGUCUGUCAUGGCAGCUGAAAAGUGGUUCUUACUCCACAAAGCCCUCCAAGCGGAGAGGUGCAUAGACAACGCAAUACAGCUAUACACGUCAAACGACAACACGGAUGUGCCCGUGAAGCUCCCCUUCUCGCAGAUGCAAGCAUUCAUCGACGACCUACGCCGCCAGAUUCUCGGCCUUCGAUUAUCAAUAAAGGGUUAUGAUGAGGACCAGGAAGACUCAAUAGUCGACCCAAGCCUCAUCGUAGAAGAAGCAACCGAAACCCUUGACACAGUGUCCCGACCACAACGAAAGUCACUCAUCGGUGCCACCGCGCCACCGAUUGACGUGGGACCUCUCAGUCCAACACUUGAGAGAUCGGAAAAGAAGGAAGACGAUAAUUUCGAAUAAGCAUGGAAUGGCUAUGGCAGCCGAAUUUGGGGCCUCAUCUUAUCAACUAAUUUUUUUCUCCCUUCUCUAGCAAUUGUAGGGACCAUGAUUUGGCAUCGCAUUGGCGUUGGGAUUCAAAGACUAUUUUAACGACACUAAGUAUAAGAUGAUGGAUGGAUGGAUGGAUGGAUGGAUGGAGGCGGCGUUGCGUUGCGUAUUCUGGGAUGUGUAGUUAGAUGUAGGCUUGACAUAUAUAUUUAUUGCAUUGUGCUACGUUUCCUAUUGAAGCAUCCUUUGCUGCUUCGAAAAUCCCUUUUACCUGGACACAUCUGGCAUGCCACCUAGUUGUGUAGCUUAGCAUGACUAUUGACAUCUUCCGGCUCACGUUUCCCGUGAAGUUUUGCGCUUCUAUGUUGUUACUACCAGUGUAUUCUUAAGACAUGUUCU